CUGUUGGGGCUGGGGGACCUGGAGGACCUAGACUGGGUGCACCCAUGGACGGUGCCGUGCUAUGAGCCCUCGUCCGCAAGUAGAAGCGAACUGACUGAACCGAAGUGAAGACGACUCAGAAUACGAGUAAAAUCGACUGUGAUUUUUAUGAUUUUAUGAUUGUGUGCGUGUAAAUACGUUUUGAAAUUCUCUGUAAAUUGAAUGUACUGAUUCUAGGUCGGUGAUUUUUAUGAUUUUAUAACUGUGUGUGUAUAUAUAUGUUUUGAAAUUCUCUGUAAAUUAAAAGUACUGAUUCUAUA